AGGUGCUGAAAAUCAUAUAAAAGACCGAAGUUUUAUGAUACAGUAUCCAUACAUGGCAAUAACAACAAGGUUACAAAUUUUUGCAAUCUUUGGCUUAUUACUAACUGUACUUCAAUGCGUUUCUUCGUCUACUUGUGGAUAUGAGUUUAGGAUCAUGGUAAAGUGAGUAAGAAGUCAACUUUAAAGUAACUAGUUCAUUCUGUGGAAGGAACAGGUGAAUCAUCGAGAACUUGCUUUGAGGAUAAGCUGUUUGUCAUAAAGGAAUUAUAGUUCUUCUUUUAAACAUGAGUCCUGUGAAAGGUCGACGUAAAAGGAAGGAGAAUUUUGAUCAUGAAUCGAAUGGGAAUGAAGAAAAACGAUUGAAACAGUGUUCAGUGAAUGGUGAAGUAAACAAUACUGAAAUUGAUACUUUAGAUUCUGUGCAAAAUGAAUCACCGGAAAUGAAAAGAAAGACUUUGGAAACAUUUCAUGCAAAAUUUACGAAAUCUGUAAAUGAAAAUGGUGCUGAAAAUAUUUGUAAAAUUGGAAAGCACAUUUGCUUUGCAUGUAAAAUUAAAGACUUUGAUUUAGUGAGAUGUUCUGUCAAAUCUUGCGAUAAGUUUUACCACAAUAAAUGCUUGGAAAAACUUCCAUCUGUUAAGACUGAGCAGAACACUUGUCCAUUGCAUUUGUGUUUAACAUGUUACAAUGUGAAUCCAAAGAAUCCUCAAGUUUCUAAAGGGCAAAUGUACAAGUGUUUCAAAUGUCCCACUGCCUACCAUGCUAAAGAUGAGUGCGGUAUUCCUGGUUCUGUUAUUUUAACACAUGAUAUAAUGUCUUGUCCUGAUCAUUUUUCACCAGAACAACAGCGAGAAUAUCCAGCUAUUAUGAAUAUGACAUUUUGUGUGCAUUGUGGGUGUAACGAAAAUCUUAUUUUUUGUAAUUUUUGUCCAACGGCAAUGCAUAAGGAGUGUAUUCAAGGAGGAACAUUUAUUGAUAACAAUUUCUUUUGUGAAAGAUGUGAAUCGCGGAAAAUAAUUUGCUAUGAUGAUGUUGUGUGGGCUAAGAUAUGCAAUUUUCGUUGGUGGCCAGCAAAGGUUUUGAAUCCCAAAGCCAUACCUGUUGAAGUGCAAAAAAUGAAACAUUUUGAAGGAGAAUUUCCAGUGAAAUUUUUUGAAACAAAUGAUUAUUUCUGGACACAGAAAGGAAGAGUUUAUCCUUUUGUCUUCAGACAAGUAGGAAUAGAAGAUAAUCGUAAAAAACACAAUUUUAAAAAACAAGCCCCAGAUCCAGUUUUUAAUAAUGCUAUUACUGCAGCUUUUAAAGCAAUAAAAGAUAAGAAAACUUUGCAAUCAUCUGAAUCAUCUAAUGGUUUAAAGCCACCUCCCUAUAAACAUAUUAAGAACAAUCGUCCUGUUGGAACUGUACAAAUUUAUACUUUUAAUGAUUCAGCUGAUUACACAACUUGUGGAUGCCAAGCUGAUGAUCCUCAUCCGUGUGGAUAUGACACUCUAUGUCUCAAUCGGAAUAUGUGCACUGAAUGCCUUCCUGAUGUAUGUGAAGCAGGAGACCGUUGUGAGAAUCAGUUGUUUCAGAAACAUAAAUAUGCUGCCGUUAAGCCUUUUUUAACUGAGUCACGUGGUUGGGGAUUAAAAGCAAUGGAAGACAUAAAGGGAGGUCAUUUUGUGAUAGAAUAUAUUGGUGAUUUAAUUGAUGAAGAAGAAUGUAAUCGUCGUAUUGAAGAGAAACAAGCAUGUGGUGACACAAACUUUUACUUUUGCACUCUUGAUGCGACUCGCAUUAUUGAUGCAGGUCCAAAAGGUAACUUUUCACGAUUCCUUAAUCAUUCCUGUGAUCCCAAUUGUGAAACGCAGAAAUGGAGUGUAAAUGGUGAUUCAAGGGUUGGCAUCUUUGCAAAAAAAGAUAUCCCAGCUGGUACAGAGCUCACUUUUGAUUAUCGGAUGGAUUUUUCUCAUCAUAAGAAGUUAAAAUGCAAUUGUGGCGCUGAGAGAUGUAGUGGGCUGAUUGGGAAGAAGCCUCAGCUUAUUCCAGUAGUUUCUAAAAUACAAGAACUGAAUGGAAAUAUAAAAACAAAUACCAAAGUAGAAUCCAUUGGUGACAAAAAAAAUAAGCGUGUAUGCUUUAAGUGCAAGAAAGGAGGGAAACAAAUUCUGUGUACACGAGAUAAGUGUAAUAAGUCCUUUCAUAUACGAUGCCUAGGUGCUAAUACAGAUUUAAAAAUUUCCGCAUCUAAAUGGGAAUGUCCAUGCCAUUUUUGCAAGAAGUGUAAAAAUGAAAAAACUGAAUCUGUUUAUCAAUGUUAUGCUUGCCCCAAUGCAUACUGUGAUGAGCAUGCAGGAUUUGUUAAAAAAUCUAAGCAUGUUUCGGAUACGAAUAAUAACAUGGCAUGUCCCAAACAUCAGUAAAUGCAUGUAAAAAUUUCUAAUGUAUUUGAGUUCAUUUUAUUAAAACUUAAUUUAGUAUCUUUUUUUUCUUAAAUUCUAAUUGUUUACAGAUUAGUGAUAAUAGGUUUUAUAGUAUAACUUCACUGAAAAUCUUAGAUUUUUUUAAUACUGUAGUAGACAAAAAAUGCUAUCACUUUUUGAUUAAGUUUCUGUAUGAUUUUUAGCAGUGUAUGGUUUUGUCAAUGGUAUUGGAAAUUCUGUCAAAACAUUAAUAUUUUCAUAAUCUACAGAUAUUUCCAUUUUUUAUACUUUGAAUGAUGUAUCAUUCAUUUAUAUGAAAGUAGGUUUUAUUGAGGUUUAGCAGACCUAUUAAUGUUUGAAAUAUAUCUGAAGUUGAAGUCCAGUCAUUUUUAAAAUUAUUUCCAAAAGCAUUAAUUUGAAUUACUGGAAUAGCAAUUAAAAUUUUUACUUCCUUAUCUUAUGUAAAUUAUCUGACCAAUAUUAUCUUAUCCGUGUUAAUAUUUUUAUGUUAUGUGUGUGUUGACUAUGAAUAUGACUACAGUAUUUGAUUAUUCGUUUUCUGUAAAUGUGUCACUGUAAGUUUAUUUGUUUAAUGUUAAUAAAAUGUGUUUAUAAUUCAUUA